ACUUUUUGGUGUCAAGAGUUUGUAGCUUGAGAAGUCAAUUUGAAAUGGAGUGAAAUUAGAUGUAAAUUUUAGAGAUAUGUCUAAGAAUAUUAACAAUCUAAAAUCAUAUAAUGGACAAUUGAUUUUGAGAUUUGAAAGUUUUUCUUGCCUGCAAAGCAAGUGAGAUUCGAAACAAAGAUGAAAGCAAGGGUCGUUGUAUGGGCCUUUGUACAUGUUUGAUUUGGAUCAAGAACUGGCCCAUCUGGGAGGUCCAUAUAUGUCUAUCAUUUUGGUUUCUCUUCUUUCCAACCAAAGAAAAAAUAAAAAAAGAAACUAACAAAACUAACAAGAACGAUACAAAAUUGGAAGAUAAAAAAUUGGGUCUACGGUUCUCAGAGAGCUGAUCAGGUUUCAGGAUCUGCCACCAAUUGAAGAAAAUUGAACGCCCACUUCUCUCAUUCCAGGUCCUGAGCCAAACUCUUGAGAUGGGUUCUGCAGAAAAAAGCUCCCAAUGGAGGAGUGUCUUUGAUGGUGUGAAACUGAAGACUAUCAAAGCCAUGCCGGAAGCACUCAUGGCAGAGAUCAACACAGCAAUUUGCAAUCUUGAAUAUGCACGUGCCACUGAUCUGGUCGACUCUCCAUCUUCUUCUUCAAUCUCAAGGUUUGAGAGCUCUCCUCAACCUGAAUACAGUGCUCGCAUGGCGGACCAAGCCUACAAGGCAGGGUGUGCAGCCUUGGCUGCUGGCAAGCUUGAUGAGGCUCUUCAAUCUCUGAACGUUUCUCUCUCCAAAUGCCCUCCUGAUCAGACUUCUGCUGUGUCUAAGCUUCAUUCUCUCAUCUCUCUCACAUCACAGCAGCUCCAAAAGUCCACAAGCUGAAGUUAUUACGACAACACAGUUUUUGGUUCUUUGUGUUUAUGGCACUUUGACUUGAACUUCUUAUGACAACAUGCUUUUUGGUGAAGAAAAAGUUGAGGUUUCUGUUUCUAUGCUUUCAUCAUGCAAUGUGGAUUUCGGCAACAAGAAUUGGGAGCUAUUGAAUGGAACAAUUAAUUAGGAAACAUGAGGACAUGUUGACAUUAUUGUUUUGAAGCAGAUUUCACGAGGUUGGUUGGUAGGUGAUAGGUUUAAACUUUACAGCUGAAGAUAAGGUUAAUUCCUAGUAUUAGCCUAUUGUGUACAUAAUUUCCUUCGUUUUUGUUUUAACCUUGGUUUGAUUACAUCAAAGUUUCCCAUGGGAAGGGAAAAUGAAACCCAAAGGGGAGGAGGGUUACAUUUUCUUCCCUAUUUUCCAAUGUGCCCGGUAACCAUUUUCUAUGCCGGGCUUACCAGACAUGGGCAAUUGAUUUCCCAUCUCCAAGCAUCAUUUCUCAUGAACCAAAUGCAGCCAAAGGGUUUUUAAAGAACUCAUGUCUUAUUGUUUUACUUUUUUGGUUGGGCAACCGCACUUUUAAAUUUAACUAUUUUGAUUGCUUUCAAUAAAAAUGAAAUUUGGGUGUGUUAACUUGUUUCUAUAUCUUCCAUUGAAAUCAGGGGCAGGCUUUCUCCCUUUUGGCAAAUUUGACAUAUAGCCAUUUCAGUUUGGUAACCUGUCCUAGUUCACCAAGGCUUCAACUUUAAGUAUAAAUUUGAAAACUACAGAAGAGACACUUAAUGUAGGAAAAACGAAAGAAACGGAUGAAGGGUCUUCAAUGGAACAAGUAAGCGUUGUAACCUCAAAGAGGGGUUUGGAGUUUUGUUAAAACGUCUAAUGCUUUCCUUUUAGCUUUAUCUUUACCCCAAAGGAUAUAAAGCAAUAUUCUCCAUUUCUAAUAAGCUGGGAGGCCACUAUCACAUAUGCAGGUCAAUUUGGACAUCAAGUCGUGUAAGAAUAACAAACACCAACGCUAGUUUUGUAGAUAUCUUUUAGUCCCUGUGGUUUGCAAACCCUCGCUCAACAGAAACUUUUAACUCCAACAUGAGCAUCUUUUAUCAAGAAGAAGAGCCACCAAAUCCUUCCAAAAGAUGCAAAUUUCUCGCUGCUUGUCUCACAGAUGCGUUUUCCAAUUGCCAUAUUGGCAGACAGCUUCCAACUUCGAGCCCAGAAGCAGAGGAUCAGUACAUAACAAGUGACUUUGAUGAGGAACAGGAAGUAAUUGUAUCAGCAAUUCGAAGUGCUGCAAUGGAAAAGCUGAGGCGCAAGCCUAGCAGUUUGACAGAUAGCUUUUCAUUUGUCUACUCUUCAAAAUCAGGAGAUUUAUUCAUAAGCCAGAAAGGAGUGCAAAACAAAAGGGAUCAUGGUGAAGAAGAUGAUGAGAAAGAAGAAUUUUUAUCUGUUAAAAGUUGCUUCUCUUGCUGCUCAACUGCUGCCACAAGUAGAGAUGUGUUUCUUUCUGUCAAGACAAGUUUGUCCCGCUGUUCAAGCCUUAAUGGGAUUGAUUUUAUAGAUUUUCCGAGGCAGUCUAUAAUUCAGCAAUUCCGUCAUUGUGAGGGCUGGCCCUUCGGUCUUUGCCGGAAGGCUGUGUUGCUUCCACCUCUGCCCAAGUCGCCGUCUGAGUCGUGGUCAUGGCGCAAAGCCACUAAAUAUGUCAAGAUGGUUUAAAGGCAGAGCUCCCCAACCCCACCACCACCACCAAAGGUCCAAAGUUCUGUCCUGUUUAGAUGAUUGAAUGCGUUGAAUAAGAAAGCAACUAGAAUAAAGUUUCUCUGUAAUAUCGUAUCACUGUGAGAAGUAAAGCCUAAUGGGAAUUGAAACUCUCUC